AUGUUACCGCUCCUCUUACUAUCCACUGCUCUAGCCGCCCAGGCAAUUAAAUUACCCCGACAGGAAUCCGAAGUAUCAGGCGGACAGCCAGUUUACAUCGCUUGUGUGCUCGAUACCAAGAUCCCUUCGUUGACUGAGAGCGUAGCUGUCAAUGCGACGAGUAGAGAAGAGUGCAGUUCAUCAUGCUCUACUUCAUGGGAUUUAGCAUUCUACAGACAAGACACAUCCGAAUGUUAUUGUUCUCCCUCUGGUGAUGCACCCACACCCGAUGAGUUGGUUUAUGCGGUAGAUGAACUUGGCAAUUGUAGAUCCCAGGAUGAUGCUUCGGUCGAAUACCUCCAUUCAUCCUAUACUAUUCAGACAUGUAAAAUCCCACCGAUCUCUACCCCUUCAUCAACUUCACUUUCCACCUCCUCUAUAGGAUGUCUUGACAGUUGUCCAGAUGGGACUCAAUCUAUCUCGGUCCGACCGGAAUAUGAUGGUACGACAGACCAGUUUCAAUACGAAUGUGGAUGUUAUGAUUCACCUGCGGACCAAAUCGAAGGACAGAAGAUGGAUUGUGGAUUUGGUAUUAAUGCGAUUUACACAACAGUAUAG